AUGUCAAAACACCUUCGUUAUAGUUAUGGUGGUAUCCCCUGUCCUUCAGAAUCAUCAAUUGCACGUUUCAAUAAAGAACCUAAUUGUUUCUAUGAGAAUGAAUUCAUUUCUAGAAUGCAUACUCUUAGAAAUGACAUUGAUUCAUCGAGUGCCGAAAAGAAUAAACCAUACUAUGUAGGUGUUGCAGUGGACGAAAUUGAUAUUCUCAAAAGAUUGUACAACGAUGUACAUGGAUCAAAAUUAAUUGGGCUUUGUAAUGGAUAUGUCGAUGAUGAAAAAAUUAAAGAAAAAUCGUUUACUAAAGAUUGUUUCUGCAAAUCUAGCUAA